AUGCCGAUGCUCGCGGCGGCCCAUGGUCCCAUGCUGGCGCUGGCGACGCUCCUGCUGGCGACUGCGGCACCAUCAUCGCAGGCUCGCAGCCUGGAGAUGUUGGACAGGCCAGAUCCCGUCUACAGAGACAAUGACACAGAUAUGUUCUGUGGGCCACACUGCUCCUGCCUGCGAGACACCUCCAUCGGCCAGAGCUACUGCGGCGACUGUGAACCUGGCUAUGGACCGCUGCAGGGCCGCAUCUCCAACUGCGAUGUUCCAUUUUGUGCCCCCCACUGCGUCAAGUGCACCUCAGACCUUUGCCUUGAGUGCGAGGCAGGCUACACCUGGGCUUCCUAUGCGGAGAGCAAGUGUAUGCUCGACUAUGCACAUGUGACUCAGGUCAACGUCACAACCACAUAUCCAGAGGUUAACAUAGAUUAUAAGCCUACCUUCAGCCUCGGCUUCCUGCCGCUGACCAUGCUGCCCUGCAUCGUUGUGUGGACCUUGCGCCGGCUGCGGCGGCGGCUCAUCCCUGACGAGAUCCCCAUGCAGGUCCUGGUCACCAUGCCACCUCGCGCUGCCCCUCCUGAUCCUCGCAACGCUCCCGGCCAGCAGCGAGAUGGCGAAGCAGACGAACCCAAUGCGGAAUCAGAGACCGCCCUGCUGGUGCCGCGCCAAGCCAGGGGCAGAGCCACAAAGGACAACUCCGUGCUGGUCGUGGGACCAGUGGGAGACAUCGAGAUGGGGGUGGUGGCAGACUGCCCAGAGGAGCCUUGGGAAGAGACCUAA